CUCCGUAGCCAUUUUGGCUCAAGCCGUUCCCUGUACUGCUCGCUCUCGUUUUGGGCCCCGCGGGAGGCCGCAGAGUUCGGGCGCUUGGGGAGAUGGCUACGGUCGGCUGCCAAGCUGCCCCUGUGGCGGCCGAGCAGCCUCGGCAGGCGGGAGGGGCCGCGGCUUCUCUCUGGCCUGCGCGCCGCGCCCGCCAGUGCGCUGCGCGCAGUGCUGCCCACGGGAAGCUGGCGGCUGCCUUGGCGAGAGUCGCCACGCUCGAGGCCGAGCUCGCCGACUGCCGCGCGGUGCGCGGAGAGGCGGCGGCGCAGGCCGUGCGGAUCGCGGCUCUUCCGCUCGGCAGCCAGCAGGUCCCCGACGACGUCCUGGUCCAGGAGCUCGCUUCGCGGCUGGCCCUGGCCGUGCCUGUGCUGAUGGACAUGCUGGCCGACCGCCGCGCAGCUGCAGUUGGCGCCUAUGUCCCUCGCGCUGCCCCCGCCGCGCCGCCCCCCUGUGGCGGCAGCAGCGGGACGCAGUGUGGCACGUUCGGCGCGGACGUCAGCGACGAGCUUGCAUCGUCGCUCACCGUUGAUGGGGCCACAUCCUCGGGAGCAUGCAGGCGCGCGCCGCCGCUGGCCACCGCCAGGCGGAAUGCUGGCAUGCAUUGCGCUUCGAGGAGGGGCGCAUCAAUUGCGAAGAUGAGGUUGACAUCGCUCAACCGGCUGCAGCGUAGUGGUCCAGGUUGUCGGCCUCGGCAAGGACGCGGUGCUGGUGGUCGUGGUCGUGCUGCUCUUCCUCAGCUUCGCCCUGCAGGUGCAGUGGUUCCACACCGCUGCGUGCCUGCCCAGCGUUCGGCGGCCGAGGGAGUGGCGACGGGCUGGUGUGUGUCUCGCAGGCGCGGGCGCAGCCUGCCCGCUGGCGCGUCCUUCGCGCUCGCCGAGCGCGUGCGCAGCGCGGGUCUUCCCACUGCGGCCCCUCUGGCUUCUGGGCCGCUUUGGUGGCACGCUGGCGUCGAGGGAUUGGAUGACUCGGCCUUGGCAAGGCCUGAGAGAAGCGACGACUUCGGCGAGCACCCUGCCCCUCGGCCUUCUGAAGGUGGUGCUGUUCUUCCUCAUCGCCUCCCUGUUCCUGGUGCGACGUGCAGCACUGCCUGCACCUCCUCGCCUUCUGCUUUCGCGGACCCCUCGAUCGUCACGGCGUACUUGCUGGCCAACGAGGCUGCCGUCCUCAGCGGUGGCAGCGAGAUGGCCGCUGGCGACAUCGACGGCGACUUCAGCAUGCAGGUGGACGGCUCCCGCAACCAGGACGGCGACAGGGCUCAGGCCUCAGAAGCCGUGGCGCACGGCGGCUUCGACCUCUCCCCGCACCUCGGCACGGACGACGGCGUGGAGGCGGCUGGGCCCCAGCGCAACGGCGGCAGGAGCCUGGACGACGACGCCCUCCUCACUUCGCCUCCCUCGGGCUCCUGCUCCUGCUCUGGCGGCGGGGAGAUCGAUAAGGAGGACGGCGAGGGCGGCGUCGGUGGCGGCUGCACGAUCCACGGCUCGGAGACGGUGGCGCGCCAGGAACCCGCGCGUGGGCCCAAGCGGCUCCUGGCUCUGCGCCGCCACGUCUUCGCGGGAACCGUGGCCCUCACGGUCGACCGCGACAUUCGGAGGCCGGGCUGGCAGGGCGCCGGCGGCGACGACGAUCCUCCAGCUCCCUCAGCCUCCGAGCUAGAAGCUGGGCGCCUCUGGCUCCGCGACACGUUCGGGCCAGGCUCCCCGUGGAGGGCGUGGGCCAGGCAGGAGCGGCAGCGGAGGCGCGAGGCUCAGCUCCAGCAGUAGGCGGCGGACGCCGCUUUCUCUCUGGCGAGCGUGCCCUUCGGAGCAGUCAGCCUCGAUUGCCUUGCUCGGCAUGCGGCUCCGCGCCGUGCUUGGCGCGCAUCGCUAAUUUUCUCAUCGGCCGCGGCGACACUCCUCGAGCUGUCGCGGCUGCUCGGCGUUCGAGCAGAGUUGGGGAGUGCCUACGGUGGUCUGGGCCUUUUCAGGCUUGGCACGGGGUGGAGGUCACCUGACGGCGCACACCCACGCAGCGUGGCGAGCACGCUGCAUUUUGGAGGCCGCUGUUUGCGGAGCCUCCUAGCCGCACUCUGCGGCUUGCGCCAUUUUGGCGGCGGGAUCGGCUCGUGCCGCACGAGCUGCCUGGUGUGUACAAAAGUGGCUCCAAUCCGCAAUGUUUUAUGCACGUCUGUUCCUAUAGAUUGGGCUUCUCCUGGUGCACGAAUCCCCCCUGGGAGGUCCUAGGAGGCCCCAGGAGGCCCCAAGAGGCUCGUGGAGGCCCCAGGAAGCCCCAGUAGGCCAUUUGCGAGUAGUGACUCUGCAAGCAGUGGGACGCGCUUGCCCAAUGGAGUAGAGCUUGGCUGUCUUUUGGGCGCCUGCUUCGAGGAAGCGGGGCCUCCCCCAUGGGACGCACUGUUGCACAUGGUCGCACCAAGCAGAGGCCUGAGC